AUGGCCCAUCCUGUAUGCAUUUCCCAAUCAUCCCCUUCCUCCCCAUCCCCCUUCCACGGUUUCCUUCCUCCCCAUCCCCCUUCCACGGUUUCUUUCCUCCCCAUCCCCCUUCCACGGUUUCCUUCCUCCCCAUCCCCUGUCCACGGUUUCUUUCCUCCCCAUCCCCCUUCCUCGGUUUCUUUCCUCCCCAUCCCCCUUCCACGGUCCUCUGGCCAAUCUCUUCUGGUGGCAUCACCACACCAGGCCGUCUCCUCCUCUGCCACUGCCUCUCUGUGCCUCACUGUUCCCCACAUGCCCCACAUACCAAACAUGCUCCUCUUUCCUUCAACCCCCCUUCCCCCCAACCCUCAGGUCCUCUGGGCAAUCUCUCUCCUCGUGGCAUCACCCCAUCCCGCCGUCUCCUCUACUUCUUCCUCACCGUGCCCCACAUCCUGCUCUUUCCUUCAUUCCCCCUUCCCCCCAACCCUCAGGUCCUCUGGGCAAUCUCUUCUGGUGGCAUCACCUCACCCCGCCCUCUCCUCUUCCUCCUCCUCCGCCUCUGCAUCUGCCUCACUGUGCCCCAUGUGCCACGGGUCCACUGGGCAAACCCUCCUCGUGGCAUCACCUCACCCCGCCGUCUCCUCCUCUUCCUCCGCAGCUGCUGCCUCUGUUUCUCUCUGCCCCACGUGCCACGGGUCAGGGGUGAUGAAAUGCUCUGUGUGCAAUGGAGACGCGUGGAAAAACAAGAUCACGUUCGACCGGGUGCUGGACUCGCCACUGAAAGCCUGGGAUGCGUACCGCAUGGCCAAACCCGUCAUGCCAUCCCCUGAGGCAAUGCAGGACCCCAACCGCGCUGCCUUCUGGCUGCUGCAGCGGCCGGCAGUGGAGGAAGGGGUGGAGAUGAGCGAGAGGGACAAGGAGGCCGUGUGGUGGGAGCACCAGUGGAACCAGCGGUACGAAGGCAUGCGGGAGGCAGUGCUGCAGAAGCAGCCGGGGUGGCAGCAGGCUCACCAGGCUUUAAUCGAGAUGGAUCCAUCUGCGGCUCUCAACGACCCUCAGCUCGAUGCUGCUGUCCGAACCAAGCCACUCAAGGCUCGGCGGCUGCCGAAGCUGGAGGGCGACGCCGAGGCUCGGGUGGCCGCAGCUCUGGAGGAGGCUUGGAAGAAGGUGGAGAAGAUGACUCCUCCCCCCCGACCCAAAGACUUUGGGUCCUUCCAGCUGGACUGGGUACAGGAACCCGAUCAGAGCAAGAUCAAGGGCGAGGCGGAGAGGCAGCAGUGGCAGGCGAUGCUGCAGCAGCAGAGGGAGGUGGAGGAGAAAAUGCUGGACGCUGCCUGGCGGGACACCUGGCAGAACGACAAGGUAGAGGAGAGCUUGAAGAAAGCCAUUUCUCGCAUGAAAGCAGCCGAUGAAGCAGCGAGGAGAGCUAAGGCUGCAGAGGCGGCUGCUGCUGCAGGAGGGGGAGCAGCAGCAGGUGCAGCAGCAGGAGGAGGGGUGGGUGGGAAAGGAGGGGCAGCGAGCAGUGGGGGCAAGGCGGCAGGGAAGAAGAGCAGCGGAGGGGACAAGGGCAAGGGCAAGGGCAAGCCCUGCGUGAACUGGGCUUGCAACCGGCCAAUCGACCCCAAGGGGCACAGCACAGCCCACCCUUAA